AUGACCGACAACACCAACCCAGGAAACUUCGCCAACCGCCCCAAGGAGGAGGUGCAGAACAUCGCUAAGAAGGGCGGCGAGGCCUCGCAUCUUGGCGGCUUUGCUAGUAUGGAUGCCGACAAGCAGAGAGACAUUGCUUCCAAGGGUGGUCAAGCCUCAUCUGGUUCUUUUGAACCCGGUAGUGAGAAAGCUCGAGAGGCCGGGCGGAAGGGCGGAUUGAAAUAG